AUGUCGUCAGAGUCUACGAAUGAGCACUGUAAGCUCGCCAACGACCCAGACCUCACGGGCCUAGGUGUCCGACUUUCCGUCAUUAUCCCCGUCCUCUCCAUUCUCGCCCUCUCCCUCGUCUGGACUAUCCCUCGCGCCCGAACCAAAAAAUCUACCAUCGCCCAGAUUGAAGACGCAGUCUCGAAACUCAACGCACUCCAGCUCUCCGCUGCUAUCGUCCUGCUCGCCAUCGCACUAUCCAAACAAGAGAGCCAAGACUGGUUCCACGUCCACUUCAUCCUCAACACCGCCGGACUGAGCGGAUGGUCUACCGUAUUGACUGCUAUCGUUGUGCCAGAUUACUUCACGGAGACCGUUUUCCAGAUUCCUGUCAUCAUCGCGUACUUCGCACUAGCCAUAAAUGUCAUGCUGGACUACCAAACCCAGCUAACAAACGCCAUCGCGGAGAAGCCGGAAUGCUACCCCCAAAGUCUAGCGCACGAGCGAUACUGGCCUAUGUGGAUAUUAUGGGCCGUGGGAAUCUCCCUAUGCAUAGCCGUCAGCGUGUGCAACCGCGAAUCAUGGAGUCCAGCUCGACGACGGUGCUGGAAUCUCGAUAUCAAAACCUGGAGAACGUUGCCUAUCCUCGCCCUUUUAGCUAUCCCAACGGCCGGCAUCGGCGCUGGCUUAUACGUUAGCUUCUGGAUCUACCCGUGGCUAGAGCCGCUCCUCGCGCAGUCGGAGGACGAGUGGACGGUGGGUCAGAUCAUACCCUUGGGGCUUGUGGUAGCGGGGAGCGUGGCGACGCUGUGGCAAGCUUUUGGGUUGGAUGAACUUGUUAGGGCGAGAGGUAUGGCUGUGUAUCAGAACCUUGGUCGGGGCCUGAGAACAUUGUCUCGCAUUCGAGAUAGUGACAGAGGGCUCUUGAUCCCCAUAAAUGAAAGGCCGGCUAUUCAGGCUAUUCCUUGA